AGUCAAAGUCCUCAGUUGUCAUGAUAUCUUGCUUUCGGGCACCAGAAAUUCAGAUGGUUUGCUACUCUUGGAACUGGCAUUGGUUUAAAGAUUAUAUACUGUGUCUUUAACCCAGCUGGGUCUCAACAACAAGUCAUGCUGGCUUAGCACAGACUCUCAAUUCAUUUUUAUGUCAGUUCAUUUCACUGAUUAUUGCCUGCAUCAGUAGCAUCAAGCUGGGACUCAGGAGAUUCUUCUUUUCUUUUGGAGCUGAAGCUUGAUGCACCAGGAGUUCUGCAGUGAAUCCACCUGGGCCUGGGCUCUUCUUUGUAGCUUGAAAGUCAGAGGUGCUCAUUUGGUUCAUAUCUCCUCAUCUUCUGCAUCAAGACACAACAUGUUACUCAACAUUCUGCUGUUGUCUCUUCAGAUAAGCCUCCUAGGAACCACUCUUGCUGGGAAUAUUCUGAUUUGGCCAGGAGAAGGUAGUCACUGGCUCAAUGUUAAGGUCAUUAUUGAUGAGCUUCUUAAGAGAGAGCAUAAUGUGACUGUCCUGGUAGCCUCAGGUGCACUUUUCGUCACGCCAUCAUCUCAAACAUCUCUGACUUUUGAAACAUAUAAAGUGCCCUUUGGCAAAGAGAGAAUAGAAGGACUGAUCAAGGAGUUGGUUUUAAUAUGGCUGGAAAAUAGGCCAUCUCCGUCAACCAUUUGGAGGUUCUACCAGGAGAUGACUAAAAUCAACACGGACCUACACAUGGUAGUUAGAGAACAGUGUGACGGUGUUCUUAAAAAUGGAAAGCUGAUGGAAAAGCUGAAAAGUGGCAAGUUUGAAGUUCUAUUAUCAGACCCAACAACCCUUUGUGGUGAAAUCAUAGCUUUAAAGCUAGGAAUUCCAUUCAUCUAUUCCUUAAGAUAUUCUCCAGCCUCAAAUAUUGAAAGGCACUGUGGGAAGGUACCACACCCUCCUUCCUAUGUUCCUGCUGUGUUAUCAGAACUCACUGACCAGAUGACUUUCGCUGACAGAGUAAGGAAUUUAAUCUCUUACCAACUACAGGACUACAUGUUUGAAACACUUUGGAAAACAUGGGAUUCCUACGUUAGCAAAGAGUUGGGAAGACCCACUACGUUAUGUGAGAUUAUGGCUAAAGCUGAAAUUUGGCUAAUCCGGACAUACUGGGAUUUUGAAUUUCCUCGUCCAUAUUUGCCUAAUUUUGAAUUUGUCGGAGGACUGCACUGCAAACCUGCCAAACCUUUACCUAAGGAAAUGGAAGAAUUUGUCCAGAGUUCAGGUGAAGAUGGUGUGGUGGUGUUUUCUCUGGGGUCCAUGGUGAAAAAUCUCACAGAAGAGAAAGCCAAUCUCAUUGCUUCAGCUCUUGCCCAGAUUCCACAGAAGGUUUUAUGGAGAUACAAGGGAAAGAAGCCAGCUACUUUAGGACCCAAUACUCGGCUGUUUGAUUGGAUUCCCCAGAAUGAUCUUCUUGGCCAUCCCAAAACCAAAGCUUUCAUCACUCAUGGUGGAGCUAAUGGGAUCUAUGAAGCUAUUUAUCAUGGGGUCCCCAUGGUGGGAGUCCCUAUGUUUUCUGAUCAGCCUGACAACAUUGCUCACAUGAAGGCCAAAGGAGCAGCUGUGGAGGUCAACAUAAACACAAUGACAAGUGCAGACCUGCUGGGUGCCUUGAGGACAGUCAUCAAUGACCCUUUUUAUAAAGAGAAUGCCAUGAGGCUGUCAAGAAUUCACCAUGACCAGCCAGUGAAGCCCCUGGACCGAGCAGUCUUCUGGAUCGAGUUUGUCAUGCGUCACAAAGGGGCCAAGCACCUGCGGGUUGCAGCCCAAGACCUCUCCUGGUUCCAGUACCACUCUUUGGAUGUGAUUGGGUUCCUGCUGACCUGUGUAGCAAGUGCUAUGUUGUUGGUCACAAAAUGUUGCUUAUUUUCCUAUCAGAAGUUUAUUAAGACAGGGACAAAGAUAAAGAAGGGAUAGAUCUAAGUUUACCAAAGUGCUGAGUUGAGCAAUCCUAUUAUUUCUGGCCCAAAGGAGCUUACUAAGAACCCAUCUUCAUCUGAUUUUCAAAUAUCUUCCUUUGUUUCAGUGAAAAUUGAAUAUGUGUUUGACAAAUGUUAACAACAUUUGAAAAUCUACUCAUAUUCAUUCGGUGUAUGUUGUUAUCUUUCCUAGAGGGAAAGUCUAAAUUGCAACAUGAUUAUUCUUCCUUUGCUUUUUACUCUGGUGCUUUACCAAGGAGUUAUUAAUUCUAAAUACAUUCUAUUCAGGGUAUCACUAAAAAUUUAAGUUGGAAUGAUAUGCUAAGAAUAUUUGAAAUCCUUGUGAAGCCACACAAUAUACAUGGAAUUUAAUGGAUGGAAGAACUGACAACAGUGGAAUUCUUCAUAGACCAUGCAAACAAGGGACAGGCUUCACAGAUCAGUAUAUUAAGGGAAGAGUAGCAAUUUUAAUUUUGUAAUAAAAUUAGCCUUUUAUCUUGCCAAAUGUUAUAGAAAUUUCAAUGUAAAUUGGCACAAUAAGAGUGCAUCAGUAUAAAUUAUGUAUGUCCAUAUUUUUAUUGCACACAUUUAGAUAAUCAAAACUACUGUCUUACUAUUUUCAACAAAUAGUCUUUAGUGCCUCCUAGUGAGUGACAGAUACAGGCUCAAAAAAGUUUGCAGAAAUAGAUCCAUUCCAUAAUUAUUUUUCCAAUAUAAAAUGUUACAUUUCAACAAAAUAUAUGUAAACAACAAAAAGACAUAUCAAAGUAUGUAUACAUUGGUCAAAUUUUGAAUUUAAAAAAUUGAUCACAUUCAUUUAACUCAUAUUUACAAGUCAGUUGAGGGUAAUAUAUAAUCAGUAUUUACUAUGGAUUUUAAUUUUAUUCCCAGAAUAAAACAUUUGAAUUUGAGUUCAUGGUAUGAUUUUUCCGAUAUUCUUGGAAUGAAUUCAAUCAGUUAAUUUCUGUGCGAUGAAUACAUUAACUUAAUAUUUUCAGCCAGAAUAUGGUUAGACAGGAUGCAUCAAAGUCCAGGUAUAGGACCACUAAUCUCCAGAUCAGUGGUAUGUCAACAGAAUAAGACAAAAGCAAAACAUGUAUUUUAAUUACUAAGAACACCAGGAUCCCUAAAGCCUAGUCACAGAUUAGGAACAAGUGGCAGGGAGUCUUUGGCUUUUAUUAGGUACAAUAAUUGGGCUGUGCUUGAUUGGGAGUGUGCAGGUGGGCUACAGAAAUCAGUGGGGUAAACUAUGGAUGCUAUUAAGGUUCAAGAAUUGAGCAACAGUGCAGUUGGGGAAAUCACACAGGAACUGGUUAAUCUGAUUUUUUGCUGGCUGUGAUUACUGAGUGUCUUAGUUACUUCUCUCUCAUUACUAAGACAAAAUACCUGACAUCCAAAGUUAAAAAAGGAAAGGUUUAAUUUGCUCACAGUCUGUGGAGAUUUCAUUCUAUAAUCCACUGCUUCCAAGGCAGGGUGGAAUGACGAGGGGCAACAAUUCUGGGAGGCAGAAGACAGCAAAAGCAGUAAGAGCAGAAGUGGGCAAAAAGGAGAAGAGGACACUUCUGUCCUGCAUUAUAUUCUAUGUUUGUUACUGGUCUCAGGGUGGGUGCAGCACUCUUACUGCCCAUUACAACACUAAUCACAAAUUAUCUUCAGCAAUCUCCAGAAGCCGAAUCCCCAUGACCUGGUGAAAUUUUGGGGAACAUUCAGACACAAAGUAUAACACUGAGCUAGACAAAAUCUGCAGGAGUCAAAGUUCUCAAAUGUCAUGAUAUCUUGCUUUGAGGCACCAGAAGUUAAAGACUAUUUGCUAGCCUCAGCAUUAGCCAUUGGUUUAAAGAUUAAUGUGUCCUUAAAUUAGCUGGGGGUCCUGCCACAAGUCAUGGAGGACUAUGAGGGGCUCUCAAUCAAUUCCUAGCCAAUUUAUGAAUAUUAAUUAUUUCUUGCUUGUACCACAACAAUCUGGUCCUCAGAUUGAUCUUUUUCUUUUGAAGCUGAAGGAGAAACAUCAAUGGAAAUGUGAUUCUUGGGGCAUCUAGACUUUGGUUGGUUGCAAUUGCUGUGUGGCAUAUUAAGAAUAGAAACCGAAAAAAGGCAGCAAUAUGUCUUAGACUGCAGGCACUCAAAAUAGCUGACAAUUGACCAGAAUGGAUAUAAUGUAUGAGACAAUAAUUAAAACAUGACAAGAAAGUGUCAUUCCAAAUUACAUCCCUAUGAAGGUGUAUAUGAGAAUUGUACACGCAAAUAUCAGUACUUAUAAGUUUGUAUUCAGUUAGGGUAAAUUUAAAUUUUCCAUCAUCAUUGGCUUCUCUUUUUCUCAUCUGAAUAUAGCUCUAUCCAAUAGAUAAUGCUAAUUUUAAAGAGAAUUCUAAAUAUUGCCAGCAUUAUUGUAUAUAAACAAAUAUGGUUUAGGGAAUGUAAUACUUUAGUAAACCUUACUUCAUGUCUGGUUCGUCCAACCCCAUGUGUCUCUGUGCUAAAUAACAUUCCUAAUCCUUGUUUUACAGUGACAUCUCAGUCUUGGGAGGUCUACAUAAAAGAUCAAAUAGUUCUUACUGUAGAUUUGACACACUUUUAGGAAGAUUAUACUUAUGAUUUUAAGCCUUACUUUCUUGUUUGCUGACUCAGUAUAUUCCUUUCUCAUUUUUACGAAUGAUAUAUAGUCCAAUGGGAAACAUGCACAAAGACAAAUGAGGAUAAUAGGUAGAUAAUUUCAGAUUUACCUAUAUAUAUAAAACAGUAUGUUCAUAGGAAAAGGUAAAAGUUGGGGAGGACUGUUCUACACUGGGUCUCCAUAUCAUACAGUCCAUCCCUCCCAAUUAAAAGUAUCACUUCCCUGCCACAGAGGUAAUACAUCCUGCAGCAGCCAUGAUGGCAUACAUAGCAACCACAGGGCUAGGGAUCAAAUCCAGAUGGAAAGUCAGUUGAUGAGUUUUGUUUAUCAUCAGCAGGACUUUCCAGGUAACUGUCUUGGGAAGGUCUUGUCUCUCUAGAAUUUGACAAAAAUUAUCCAUGUCUCCAAGUCUUUCUGACAGUGUCAAAAUAGGAAGAUUGGUGGCCUUCUGCCUCAAUACUGGAUAUGCUCAAUGUUGCACUCAUUGGGAAGGCAGCUUUAGUGGUUUCCAUAAUUUAUGGAAAUACAAGCAAACUCUCUUCCCCAGGUGAUCAGCAUGGCUGGGUCAUUCCAUUGACCUGUACGACAGGACAUGGGGACUAUUGCUCUUGGGUCAAAACAAAGAAGAAUGAUGUUAACAAAACACCGUACGAUAAGAAGAGUCUUUUCAACAAAAUACUCAUGGAAACACAUAUAUGUUAACCUGUGCAAUAAGGGAAUUUGACCUUCAUUCACACUAUUUGCAGAAAUAACUUUAAAUAAAUUAAAUAUGUAAUAUAAAAUAUAAGAUGUAAAACUACUAGAUGAAAACAUUAUUGGGCUCUGGUCCAGGACCACUGAUCUCCUGCUCAGAAGUAUGAUGAUGGAAUAAAGCACAUAUCAGGAGGGCAUCCAUGCAGGAUCUAAAAUUUAAAUUGCCAAAUCUAUUUUCAUCUGUGGUCACACCAGAGAGGGGAUUCCCUCUUUUUGUUUUGCUAAUUGUUGUUUUAAGGUUUUAGGUCUUUUAAUAAUUACUUGUCCUUGGAGAUUAUAUGGGAUUUUGACUUUAUGCUUAAUUUCCCAGAGCUGAAAAUAUUUUUGAGUGGAUGUGCUAACAUAAGCAGGUCCAUUAUCUGUUCUUAUGGUCAUAGGCAAAGGUCACUAAACAAUGCUGUUGUAUAUGAUGGACAUUCAUGCCCUUUGAAACUUGAGAGCAAUAUUAUAGUUGGAGUAAUGAAUUUAUUAUAAUUUUAUGGAUAUCAUGUAUUUUUCAAAUAUAAAACAUAAAAGAAUGUGAUUUCUCACCACUUCUGGGUGUUUGGUCGAAGAGUUGCACAGUUUAUAGAGAAAACUCAAGAUCAAAAGCCACAUAUAAAAUUUCAGCAUAUUUCUAAUACACUUAACUGUUUACCUUCAUUUGAACAGUGAUAAGAUACACACAUGUGUUCUAUAUUUUAUAUUCUAUAUUUAUAUUCUUUUAUAUAUCUUUAUAUCAUAUUUAUAUAUAUAUUAUAUUAUUUAUUUUUAUAUUUUAAGUUUAUAUAUUAUAUGUUAAAUAGUGCACAUUUUACAAAUAGUGUACUAAGUGCUCCAUAAUAUACAUUUUCUAAAGACUAUUAUUCAACUGGUAAUUUCAUAUUGAUUCAAAAUAUACCUCUUAUCAUAAAUAGCUAUAGCACAAGAGAAAGACAGAUACCUCAGUUUGUCAUUAAAAUAAUUCCAGUUUUAUAUUUUGAUGACCAGUCCAUCUGGAAGACAAGAAUACAUUUAGUACACCUGCAAUUAGGAAUGAUGACUUAUAGUUGUCAUAUAAAAAUUGUAUUUCUUAACUUAGUUUUGUAUUGACAGUAUCUCUCAAUUAUAAAUCAUUCUUUCUUGGGAUUAGUAAGAUAUAACUUUCACCAACAAAGUUGAAUUGUAAGAAGGUGAACUCUGGUUUGACAUACUUUAACACGUGUUCCAAUAUCAUCUGCCAAUGACUGGAUGAAUAGCUUGCUGGCCAUUGUGGUUUGCAUGCUCAUAUAAGCCAACUGUAGACCCAAGAUAUCUUAAGGUUGAGCAAUAGAGACUUCUCUUUUUCCAGCCUCUUGUAACUGAGCCCCAAACUGAGUAUAUGUUCUAGUAGGACUCUGCAAGAUUUCGGUAAAGAUUGUAUUGGAACUCCAACAUCUGGGAGUAUCACUCACACUCUGCAGAGUUUUAGCCUGUUGUGUAUAAAGAACUGCAUGAAAGCCAAUCUGAGCAUUUGGAUUGGCAAAGUUACCCACACUGGAAAGAAUAUCUAAUAUAGUUUUAGGAUUACUACCCUUAUGGUUUUUCUAGCCUGUUCAAUAACCAAAGACCAUAUCAGAGCCACAAAAUAUAGAAAUUGAGUACACAACAAACAUGUUUUAGCCAAAUGACAUGGAUUAAAAGCAACCAACAGAUAAGCCUGUAAUAUAUUCUCUAAUAGACCAAUCUUAUAUGGACUUUGGACUUGUUGUAUAUGAUGUUUUGUUUUAGAUUUUAUUUUUUUUAAUUGAAAAGGAACGUUAAUAUUCUCAGUUAUUAGGAUGCCUGGUUUUUCCUAGGAGGAAACACAAGUGUGCCAAACCUUUUUCCUGGGCUUCUGAAUUCUGUGAAACUCUUUGAUAAUGAUUAGUAACCAGUUUGUGCAGCAACACAGUGCUUCAGCUGGAGAAACAGUAAGGCUUCAGGUGAGGGAAGAGGUGGGAGCACAUCUUACUCCUCCAUGUAAUUUCUGAUGCUGCACUGCCCUGGAGGUUUCUUAACAGAUAAGGAAGCAGCUUUCACAAAGAGGCACUCCAAUUUAGAAAGUGUUUUGGCUAGUUGUUUAUUUCAUUUGAGAAGCUGCAUCCUUUUGGAUUUUAGAGAAAGGUGUUCUUCAUGUUUAGGCUGUACAGACUUGAGAAUGGAGUGUAUCAGGCUUUAGGAAAUAAAUAUCUCAUGAGUGAUGAAUUCACCAUAGUGUUGGGUGUGCCUUAGUGAGUCUCCUAUGAGAUCCCAAAUUUUAAGUCGUUUCCUUCAUUGAUACAACUAAUAAUUGAACUUCAUGCUAUCUUUUAAUAUUUUAGUCAAACUGCUAUUUGGAUCUCUAAUCUUAGCUUGCCUUAGCCAGGCAUGAAGCAACUGGACAUACUGUUGCUCCCCCAAUUGGUACAUCUUAUACCAUUUUAAUCCCACUUGAAAAUCUUCUCAUACCAGUAAUCAGCUACCUCACACUUUGGGCAGCCCCAUUAUUCAUCAUGUGAAGUCCUGUCCUCUUUUCUGCUCUCUGUGAUGUCUUGGGAUGAAUCAUCUGAGAGCAGGUGGUCAUCUGAGUGCUACACAUAGGGUGCCAUAUAUUGGCACCCAUGCCUAGAACCACUGGUCUCCUGCUCAGAGGUAUAAUGACAGAAUGAAAUAUAGAUAAAAUAUAUACACUGAAGUAACCAAGCCCUCCAGGGUGCUGAAAGACUUUUGAUGGGGAAGGACCAUGAGGCAUGAGGUGAUCUGCUGAUACAGUAAAGAUUCAAGAAUUGAAGGACAGGAAGUUUUGAAAAUCACACAGGAACCCAUUGGAGGUAACUGGCAACCUUAUUUUAUGCUGAGUGUAAUUACUGAGCUAGACAAAAUUUUCAGGAGUCAAAGUCCUCAACUGCUAUUUUAUCUUGCUUUGAAUUUGCACCAGAAUUCACCGACUGUUUGCCAGCCUCAGCUCAAAGAUUGAUUUCUCCUUAAGCCAGUGACAGCUCUCAGGCCAUCACAUAGGCCUGGAAUACACUCAAUGUAUUUUUAUGCCAAAUUAUUAAUAUUAAUUAUUAUCUUCUUAUAUUGUAUCAAGUUAGUAAUUAGUAAUAAAGGUAGGGAAUAUUUAUCAUUUUAAAACAAUAAUUAAAGCCAAACACUCAUAUUUCAGUCAGUUUUUCUUUACUUUCAAAAUAUAUUGGUGAAAGUAUUUUCUCCUUACAAAAUUAGGUACAUUUUUACCCACAAUUUUCAUUUCAGUAUUUGAUGUAUAAUUGAGAUAAAAUAUAUCAAUUAGUGUGAAAAUAAUUUGAAAUUCAUAUACUUUUUCAUAUGAUGUUGAAAAUGAUUAUAAAACAAGAACUUUUUCAUAAUUUUAUUUAAAGAGAAAAGAAGCAAAACAAAAGAAAGGGUAACAGCAAUACAGAAUUCCAUAAAUAAAUAAAUAAAUAAAUAAACACUAAGAAAUCACUAGUUGACAAAUUAUAUAUUGUCAUGUUACAAAUAGUUGUUCAAGUUACAAAAUUAAAGCUCACGAAGUGGACAUUCAAACAGUGAGACUCCAAACAGUUUUGCUCCAUGAUUCAACAAAAACUUAGUAAUAUGGUCAUCUGUCUUACACACUUAAACAUACAUGCAGUUAUAUCCUUUAGAACACUUUAUUUUCAGCGCUCCUUUUAUUUCUUCUUGAAUAUACACAUUGUUGAAAACACAAAUCUUUCCAAAACAUUAGUUAAUAUUGAACAUGGAUUGACAAACUGUUUCCAACUCUUUUAAAAGGUAAUUCAUUUCAGUGGGCUUCCAAUGUUAUAAUUGUACUAUGUUUUGAGAGUACUUGUUUAUAUUUAUUUUUAGCCAGUUUGUUUUUCUUUUUUGAAUGAGAGGAAAGGACUAAAGUCCAGCAUAGGAGGACUGGCCAUCCACAGGUUUGAAAACCCUGUCCCUUCUUUGUUCUUCUGAAGCUCUUCUUGAACACUGGAAUUGUAAGAUCUUACAUGUUCCAAAUCCAUCAAUUCUAAAUCAGUAUAGCCAUAGGUCAAUGUCUGAAUUGUUUCUCAAAACUUUUCACUGACUUUUGUCACUGAACAUGAGAGCUAAGAGUAAUUCAAGUGGUCUGCUAGAUGUUAGGUAUAACUUUCACAAUUCUCACAUAUUUCAACAACCAGGUUAAAUCAGUCACAAAAAGACAGUAAUGCCUUUCUUAAUUGAAUUCAGAUACAAGAAAGCUGAAAAACACAAAGAGCACACUCAACUUCUAGCCCCAAUAAGUCAUUUUUACAUGUGUGGGUGGAGUCACUGUUUUUUAAAGUACAUUUCCAAACUGCCUGCUGACUCCAAAUUACAAUAAGGACAACCACACAUUGCUACAGAAAGGAGUACUGCAUAAUUUUUAGAGUUCUUAUUUUGAGUUUCAUCCCUUUAGUGCUAGGCUUAUAUUCAAGCAAUUAUUUUAAAACAUAAGGCUACAAUUUGAAUAAUAGAAUACUUUGUUUAAGAAGAUGUUUCAUUAAACAAUGAAGGUAUGGCCUUUUCAGCAAAAUCUUAAAUAGAUGAUGUUAGCUAAUAAUAAGCUUAUAAAAUCAGAAAACUUCAAAGCCAUUAGAUUUCCUUGCCUUCUCUUUGUUACACAAAUAUGAUUUCUAGAUUCUCAGCCAUGCAGCAUUCAUGUCAUCAAUAUUUCCAUUAUUUGCAAUUUUCAUACCAAAUUGCACGGCCUUAUACUAAGUGAUUAAGGGUCUAGGGAUUUAGCUCAGCAGUGUAAAUACCUGCCUGGUAAGCAUGAUAUCCAGAAUUGAAUCCCUGGUACAAAAAAAAUAGUUCUAAUCAGUGGUUAAUACCAGUACACUGUGAACAAUCUUCUUUGCACUCAUAGCCUCAAAUUUUUACAUGCAUUUUCAAAGGUCUCAAAUAUUUUAAGAUUUUCUUCAAAAAUAUCCUUUUAGUUCUUCAUGAACUUUGAAGUGGAACUUUGCAAUAUUUCCAAACUACUUACUAACUGUACAUUAGAUUUAUUUGUGAAUAGUCAUUUGUAUUCUAGAAACCACAGGAUGCUAAAAUUUAAAUUACCUUUAUUCACUGGUUCUAAAACAUUCUUUGUGAAAUCUAUGUCAGUAUCAUCACUUUAACAUGACUAACGUGAUGAAGCUCUAGCUCACCUUUGUAACUGAUCCACCACUCCUCUCUGGCUGGUAUUGUACAGUCUUGCCCCACCAAACAGAAAAUAUUCACUCGAGGGCUUUUUUUUUCUCAAGUGCCAUGCUCUCUGUUAUACUUCUGCCAUCUACUAUCUAAUACCUGUGUUUUCACAUUGAAUUUUAUCUUACCUAUUGCAGUUUUUUGUCACUGCAUAUAGUUCCCUCACACAAACACUAUUUAUCUUGCUUAUUUUCCUUAGGUAAGUAUUAAAUAAUCAAAAGUCAUUGAUGAGAAGCAAGGUGGUCAUAUAUGUUUCUUGUCACUGACUGCUUUACCCAGUGGUCACCUGGGUAAACACACAUAAAAGCUGUCUGAUGAAUACUAACAGAAUUACAAAAUAAAACAACACUCACACUUGCUAGAAAGACAAACUUCAAUAUUUAAGUGAGAGAGCAGAGGGAAAAUAGAAAAUAAAUAAAAUACAUUUGAAUAGUUACAUUAGAAGAAAACACUUAAAUACAUGAAGUACAUUAUUAUAUUUUAUUAAUAAAACUAUUUUAUUAAUGUAUGUAAUAAAACUUUUUUAAUUUUUUUAUUUUAAGAGAAUAAAAAUACAAUAAAAAGGAUACAGAAUUUCAAAACAAGAUGAUAGGAAAUUAACAAUUAUUAUUAUAUUGCAUGUCGUUAUCUUUUAAAUAGUUGCUCAGAUUAUCAGAUAUAGACACAUGUUUAGCACUGUGUAUUAAAGUUAAAAUGGAUCAAAGAUCUAAAUAUUAAAACAAGAAUGGUAAAUCAACUAGAACACAAAGUGUAUAGAAUGUUGAAGACAUAUGGAUGAGCAGAGUUCAUGAACAAAAAUCAAAUUGUGUGGGAAAUACUUCAAAGAAUCAACGACUGAGAUCUCAUUACUCUAAAAUGUAUUUACACAUCAAAGGACAUUACCAAAAGAGUGAAAGAAAACUCACCAAUUGGGAAAAAAAUUUUAGUCAACCGUGUUUCAGAUAAAGGACAUCUGUAUAGAACACAUAAAGAAUUAAAUGAAUUAAGCCCCCAAAAUUCAAAGACCCAAUCCAAAAAUGGGCAUCCAAGAUGAAUACACACUUCUCGGAUGAAGAAAUACAAAUGGAAAACAAAUAUAUGAGAAAAUGUUGAACAUGAUUGGUUAUUUGAGAAAUGCAAAUUAAAACAACAAUGAGAUUCUAUUUCACCACAAAAGGAAAGAUUGUCACUAAGAAAUCAACCAAUAACAAAUACUGAUAUGGUUUUGUAUAUGAUAUGAAGGCUUUUUUUCUGAUACUGGCAUGAAAUACAUAGAAAACAUAAAGUGAAGUCUAAGAUACAUAAAACUACACAAGAUUGCAUAGUAUAAUUUGUUGGUUUCAGUAAUAUCUUACAAUUUAAAGAAAGAAGAUAUGAUUCUAGACACAUUUUACAGAUAACACAACUGAAACACAAAUUAUUAUUAAAAUUCAUAUUGCUGCUAAGAAUUUGUUUUAUCAUGAAGGGAAAUAGACCAGAAUCCAUUAGAUGUAACUGAUCUCUAAAUAGAUGUAGUAUCUUAAAUCUAAAGAAAGCAUUAUAGAGGACAUGGAAAAAACCCAGAGAAGUAGAGAUAAAAUAUAUAAAGAAUGGAUUAGUGGAAUGUAGGACUUAAACAAAUAGAAUUUUGGUAGAAAUAAUCAAUUUAAAAGUCAAAUGCAAAGGAAAAGAUAAUUAUCCUUGCACACAAGUUUGUAGCACUUAAGUUAGGAAAUAAACUGUUUAAUUUCGUGCACAAAUAAGAAAGCAUAGAUGUUUCACAUAGCUUUUCAAGUUUAGGACAAUCGUACGUGUUUUAGUCCAGCUGCAAAGUCCCUAAGAUAUUAUAUAACCCGAAACACUGCAUCCUUCUCUGCCAUCUCACUCCACAUGGCCACACUUCUAGUUCUGCUUGUCAGCAUGUGAGCUUCUUGCCCCUGCCAUGUUCUCUGCAAGGCUUCUCUUCCUACUUGACUACGUGCACACCUAUGCUUAUGUAUCACCUCAAAUUACAUCUUUAGCAGUAGUCACUGCUCAUAGCAAUGAGGAGGAACUCUAAGAAAAAGAAGUUAUUUUCCUUCCAUAUAUAGAUAUAAGUAGGUGUCUGUAUCACAGAACAAAUAAGUCCAUUGUAUAUGAUCUUACCUAUUUUCCACUGCCAUCCUAAAAUAUCAGUUGUAAUCUGUGCCUUGUUUGUAAUAAUACAUAUAGGUUGAAAGUGGAGAGACAGAAAAGUAAAUGCCAUGCAAAUAUCUUUCAAAAAAGAGAAAAAUAGACAGCUGGGGAUUUAGCUCAGUGGCAUGAGUGCCUGCCUUGCAAGCAGGCAGUUGUGAGUUCGAGCCCCGGUACUGAUGAAAAGGAAAAAGACCAAAAAAAAAAAAAAAAAAAAAAAAAAAAAAGGAGAAAAA